GCUCAGUUACAGUAAACCUUAAACCCUAACAAGAUAAAAUCAAUUUCACUAUUGCCCUUGAACGCUCUUCUGCAAGCCGAUAUCCUUGCCCUCCAUGUGAUCAAGGAGAACCCCCGGACAUCCGUCGAUCUCAAAAAUGUAUCCUGGGUUCAAUCCUUUCCCUCAUCGUCCCAAUCAAUUUCCCGGCAAUCCCUCUUCUCAGCAGGUUGUUCCAUCUGAUCAGUCCAUUGGAAAUGCUCCGAAUAUGCCGCCAAAUGGCAUGCAAGUUCAACCUCAGAUGGGUUUUUAUCCGCAGAAUGCGGUUGCUCUAAAUGGUCUCAUGACCCAGUUGAGCAAUGCCCCUAAUCAUUUACUCCACUUGCAAAGCAAUCAACUCGCAAUGCAACAGCUGAUGGGGUUUAGCUCACAGAAUAAUGCACAGGCUUUGCAUGCUGUUCCUGGUCAAUUCUUCAAUAUGGGGCAGAACGCAAACCUGUUGAAUUUAUUACGACCACUAAGUGGAAAUAUGGUCUUGCCAAAUUUGCAAUAUUCUAUGCCAAAUGCCAUGCUAAAUGUGAAUCAACUUCUUGCCAUGCAAAUGUUGAAUCCUGCCCAAGUACCUCAUUACAAUGGCCCUCCUUGUCCUAAUCAGGCCAUGGGUCCUGAUUGUUUAAGGCAGCAGAUUAAUCAAAGUCAGCAAAAUUUUUCUUCUUCCACAAUGGGGGCUAAUGGAUUGGGGCCACUAGCUGUAGCCAGUCAGCAACUGCAAGAAAACCAUGCUGCGAUAGUUAAUCCUCACUCAGACCAAGCAAAAGGGUCUCCGAAGUUUCCUUCUUCUUUACACAAUACAUCACAGGAGAACCAUAGUAGCCGAGGUGGGGAAAAUACUGCAAAUUUUAAUUCUAAAUUCCAAAACUUCCCAAGAAAGGAAUUUACUAGGAAUCCAAGAACACAAGGAUUUCAGAAGUCUCAUUUCCAUCAUAUCAAAAAUGGAAAGAGAAAAUUUGACUAUGCUGAUGGACUUGGAGGAAAAGAGACUAACAUUGAGAAGGCACAAAAAUAUGGGUCUGAUCAUCCAGCCAAUCAAGCUAAUGAAAGGAAUAGGGUUUCAAUAGCAUACACGGUGCAAGAAAUCAAGCAAUGGCGUGAAGAGCGAAGGAGGAAUCAUCCAUCAAAUUCCACAAAGAAGAAACAGAUGGAGUCAAAGAUUGAUGAAACAGAUGAUUCCAAGGCAAGACGUGAGCAACUCAAGGAGAUAUUGGCAAAGCAGGUUGAGUUGGGAGUUGAGGUUGCGGAUAUCCCAUCGCACUACCUUGCAGAAUCAGAAAACAAAGUUCCAGGAAGAGAAGAGAACAGGAGGCCAUUUAGUAAGAAGCAUAGGUGCCAGAAUAAGCACGAUAAAAGAAGAAAAAACAAUCAAAGGGAGAGAUUCUCUAAGAAGCAAAGAUCGGAAGACACAGGUCCACAGAGAGCUCCACCCUCUUUGGAAAGAAGUGAGCCGACACUCUUGAAGAAGCUCCUGAGCAAAGAUAUAAGGAAGGACAAACUCCGCUUGCUGCAGGUCUUUAGGUUUAUGGCUAUGAACAAUUUCUUCAAAGAUGAGCCUGAACAACCCUUGAAAUUUCCUUCAGUGAUCAUUAAUGAAAAUGGCACUGAGGGGUCACCGUUCGAAGAGAAGGCCUCUGUGGUCACCGGGGGUGACCUUGAAGCUGGUUCAGAGAAGUGUCCAGAUGAAAAUCUUGGUGGUAGUUUUGGUGUUGAUGAUGGUAGUAUUAGUGACGAUGCUGAAGAUGGUGCCGAUGAUGACGAUAGACGCGGUGUACAUCAUGAAGAAGAAGAAGAAGAAGAAGAGGGAGAAAUCACGGACUGAAGUCGAAUGUGCCCGCCCUCUGUGAUUGUACUUUGUUGUGACAUAUUAUGCAGUUGAAGUUUUGGCGGGAAUAUCUGCAGCAAGAUGGUUGUAUGAACUGUCAUAUCCUGUAAAUUUGUUAAGAGGAAAAUUUUGGUAACAAGUGAGCCGGUCCCAGUAUUUUUACUUUUCA